UGGAUUAUCCGUCAUAGUCGUAGGGCUGAGAGGGCGCCCGGUUCCUGCAUAACAUUUUCCGAAGUUUAAACCAACACGGCAAUCCUUCAUGUGACACUGCAGCCUGGACCCCUUCGUAUUGCCGGCCCAGGACGCCCAUCCUUCAGAAAGUGUUCACUGCCACCAUUAUACUAUUCGGGGCGUUUGUCUUGGAAGUGGAGACGUUUGCCUGCGGCUUUCAACGUCAAUACAAAGUGCCCAUUUUCCCGAGCCUUAUUGUCGCUUGACUCAAAGCACUCGGUUUUCAGGGUCUGACGAUCGAUUGCAACGUCCUUCACUAUGGCUACUUCAUCAGAGACUUUUGCAAGCCUCCAGUUGCUGGCUGAUACAGCAACCAACACCAGUUUUCAAGAUGAAUGCGAGCGCCGAAAUGCUGUGCAGCUGGCGUAUAAGCUGCUUUCCAAGAUUGAAACUCCAUGGGAAACAAUCUCUCGAAUGUUGAUGAUCGAUCCGUUUGCGAUUGCAGCGUUGAAGACGUUGAUCAACUUGCAACUCUUCGAGAAAUGGCAGCCAGUCGGAAGCGCAAAAUCGUUGAACGAGCUUGCACAGAUCACCGGCUGUGACUCCCGACUGCUCUAUCGUCUCCUCCUCACCAUGGUCCCACAUCACUGGCUCGAAUACUGCUCAGAAACCCAUACCUUCAAGCUUACGCGCUUCACGCAAGCACUUCAAGACAAAUCGCUCGCAGCCGCAAUGACCUUCCACAGCCACGUCGUAUCUCCUGCGGCUACCAAAAUGCCGGAAUUUCUCGCUGCAACGCAGUAUGCCAACCCAGCAGAUCCAGAACAUGCACUUUGGCGUUACCACUCCGGAUCAGAGCUAGUGCCAUGGUUCCAGCAGAAUUCUGAAGCCUUCGUCAGCCUGCAUCACGUCAUGCGACUUCGCGGUAACCACAGUGCAAAGUGGACCGAAUUCUAUCCUUGGAAAGAAAAUAUCGUGGACCGCUUAGAACCAGGCACAGUGGCAUUCGUCGACAUCGGAGGAGGCGUUGGUCAAGACUCAGAAGCCUUGCGCUGCAAAGCCCCUCAAAACUUUCCAGCUGGCAGCAUCGUCCUCCAGGACCUCACAGAAGUCGUCGAUCGCGCCGAAGCGGCAGGCGAGUCCAUCGUCCGAACGAGUCACAACUUCUUCGAACCACAACCAGUCCUCGAAGCAGCCGUAUAUUUCAUGCACCUGGUCCUGCAUGACUGGCCGGAUGACGAAGCGAAGAAGAUCCUCGCAAAUCUCAAGCCUGCGUUCAGACGCGGAUACAGUCGAUUGCUGAUUAACGAUAUUGUGCUUUCGGCUAGCAUGGACACCAUGGUCUCUGCUAGUGAUCUGCAUAUGAUCAUGAAUGGCGCACAAGAGAGAACCAAGGAGGAAUGGCAGUCGCUGCUCGAGAGCUCCGGUUUUCGUAUCACAAAGUGGUACUUUUCGCCGCUGUCCGAACAGGCCUUGAUUGAAGCUGAGCUUGCCUGAGGACUCUGCGUGCGACUUGCUUUUGUGCGAAUUUUCGUGAUACCCUUGCUGCUGUGUAAAUGUCUAUAGUAGAUGAGCCUCGCUGCAAUGAAGUACACUCACACUACCAAAUUUUGUGCUUUGCCA